UCAGUGCUGACCUCAUUAGGCAACGACCCCUGGGCCACUCAUUUAUCUUCAGCCCUAACGCCCUGGCCGCCGCUGGUCGAGGGGUCUAGACCAACCGUUGCAGCCUCAUGGAUUCUCAUUUUCAGCUCUCAUACCAUCUAUAUACACUCCCUUAUCUCUGGCCCCCAACCACGACAUGCGGCGUGUGCAUGCCGUGUGCGGCAUCUUACCGGGACCAUCCACUCCUUCACGUUUUCUCGCUUCUUUUUCGCUUUUCUUUCUCUUCAAACUCUCGUUUUAGUCUCCCCCCCGCCUACCUAAUCAAGGAUACCUCUUCACCUGCCGCCCUCACACCCCGAGCUACCAAACCAAACCCAACCACACCGAACGAUGCAUCCCCUCCAUCCCCUCCCCCUCCUCCUCGCCCUCCUCCUCUCCCCCCUCCUCCCCUCCUCAUCAACAACAGCAGCGGCAGCAGCAGCAGCAGCAACAUCAUCAUCCUCCCCGCCAGCGAUCUACACCCCCCCUGCCGGCUCGGGCUACGUCUACCACGGCUGCUUCAACGAGACGACGGGCCUGGCCAACACGACGGGCGCGCGCGCGCUCGCCGGCGGCACCUCGCUGGUGCGGCCCGGCAACAUGACCGUCGCGCUGUGCCUCGACUUCUGCCGCACCGGCGCCGGCGACAGCCGCGGCGGCUCGUCCGGCCGGUUCGCGUUUGCGGGGCUGGAGUAUGCCAGAGAAUGCUGGUGCGCCCAGUCGCUCUCCAGCCUGGCCGCCAAGCUCCCCGACAGCGCGUGCGACCUGCCCUGCGAGGGCAACACCACCGAGGCGUGCGGCGGGAACUUGAAGUUGACGGUGUACAUGGCUAGCGCCGCGGCUGCUGCUCGCGUCGCCUGGGCCGCUUCUCUGGUCGCCGUGGGCGCCGUGUCUUUGAUACUCUUAUGAGCUCGGUCUGUGGUGGGGAUUGCAUACGUGCUCCAGCAGCGCUACAGAGGCGCCUGUGUUGAUAGACGGUGUUGGAUACAUG